AUGUUGCUGCCGUCAAUACUGAAUGCCAUUGGAGUAUUAUUCCUGAUACUGUUGCCAUUGAUAUCAGCGCUUUCCUCCUCAGAUUCCUCGAAAAAUGUCAAGUCGAACUCGCAACUAUUGCAGCAAGGGGAAGGUUCACGGAGACGCUUCAACCAGGAUCUUGCUCUCAGCAGCAUCUGCGGGUUUGCCUUGCGUUGCGAUGCACGUGAAUGUGAUGAACAUGUUUCCGGAGUAUCACAGGUUGAUUGUCAAAUACAAGAAAUUGCCUACGCGACGUUGUCACUUGCCAUCCCAAAUUUUGAUUGCUCUAUCCCUGUAGCUAUGUGGUUUCCAACAAAAGAUAGCGACGUUACGAGCAAGACUACUUCAGAGGUUCGGUAUAUCCACCGAAUAUCUGUCAAACGAAUCGGUGGGUUGCUGGCAGCCUGGGAUUUUAUACCGGAAUUCGUCUCUCGCGAUUUUGCUUUCGAGCCAUCCAUCGACACGCUGUCAUCUCCCAUACCUAAAGCAGAAGGCUGCAACGUUGUAUUCUUUGCCCACGGGUACCUUGGAAGCCGCUUCGAUCUAUCGCAUAUUGCAGAGGCACUGGCAAUGGAAGGGUUUGUCUGCAUCAGCCCAGAAUACCCCGAAAGUUUAGCAGCUUCCUACGCUCGACAAGAAGGCUUGGACCGGAGCAUUAUCAACGAACACUUACUGUCGUAUGUGCAAAAGAGCUUUCGGCCAGUCUCGUAUGCCGGGAUUGGACAUUCCCUGGGUUGUGGGACGAUCCUUCGCAUGGGUGAUGACUCUUGGACGCGGGUCAUAAUGGCCGGCCGGGCGCCAGCAGUCUCUUCAUCGCCCCUUUUGUUCAUUUCUUCUACCAACGAUUGUACGGUCCGGUUUGGAGGACCUUUGGAGAUCCCAACUUGUUAUUCGAUACUAUCCGAAUCCGAACUACCACUGAAUCAUAUUCCGCCCUUUUCGGCGUUGAUAUUUGAUCGCCCCGAUGGUCCAAAUCACAUCUCAUACUUGUCCGAGAAUGUGAACGAAGCCAUGACCAGCUUCUUGUCGCCUCUACUGCCUCUUGCCCAAGCCUUUUCUAUCCCAGUGCUGGAUUUUGACAAGUACCAAAAGUCGCGAGAUUCUAGGGCGACUGCUGAAAUCGUGCAACCACUUAUUUCUAGCUUCUUGGCCCAACACACCAAUUCUAAGGUUCAACUUUCUUCGAGUCGUCGCCAGCAGAAAUACUCGUGA